AUGAGAUCAGUUAAAGCUCAGCAUUGUAAAAUGUUUGGCUCUACUAAUUCUCCCCCUCGGCAAAUUUUAAAAGAGCAGAUUUUCUUUAAUAGCAAGAUCGCCGGUUCGCAUUAUAUUGGAGGACAAAAAAUGUGGAAGGAUCACACUCGAAGUUCAACCACAGACUCUUAUGGGAUGCCUCAAGAAGCAUAA